GGAGGAGGAGUAACGUUAAAGCUUAAGCCCCCUUCACCAGACCGCCACUGAAAUCCCACACCCGCCGUGACCCGCGCCACAUUCAACCGCCGAACAACAACCAUCUACGCCGCCACCAUGGGGAAGAACAAGAAAAACAAAAAAAAGCUCAAAGAAUCCAAGGGCGACGAUGAGAACAUAAUCGCCGAUCCUCGGUUCUCGUCCGUGCACUGGGACCCUAGGUUCCAGAACGUUCCCAAGCACAAGGCGAAGGUCGAGAUCGACUCGCGGUUCGACCGGAUGUUUACGGACAAGCGAUUCAGCUCGUCAUCGGCGCCGCUGGACAAGCGAGGCAAGCCGAAGAAGCUCGAGGAGGGCAACUCGCUGCGGCAGUACUACAGGAUGGAGAAGGACGACGACGGAGAUAAGGUAAAGUCCAAAACGGAAGACGGAGGAAAGGCCAAAUCGAAAGAGGACAAGGAAAAGGAAGAGGAGGAGGAAGAGAGUGAGGAGGUGGAGGAGCUCGGCGGAGAGGAAUCGGAGGAUGACGUGGCGAGUGGUGGCUCGGAGACGACGACGGAUACAGAUACCGACACCGAUGAUGGAUAUGAAGAUGAGGAGGUGGUUUUGGAGGACGGCGCACCUGGAAUUGAGGCGGAAGAUAUACCGGAAAUUGAGAAGGAGACUCACAGACUUGCAAUUGUUAAUCUGGAUUGGAGGCAUGUGAAGGCUGUUGACUUGUAUGCAGUGUUGAGGUCAUUUCUUCCGAAAGGUGGAGAAAUGAAGUCUGUAACUGUCUAUCCGUCUGAGUUUGGACUCCAGCGUAUGAAAGAGGAAGAACUUCGUGGUCCUGUUGGCCUAUUUGAUGAUGAAAAUGAGAAAAGUGAUGAAGAUGAUGACGCCGACGAUGAUGAUGAGGAGCUUAUUGCUCAGAAAAUGCGGGCUUAUGAGAAAAGCAGGCUAAGGUAUUAUUUUGCUGUUGUUGAAUGUGACUCAAUUGCCACAGCGGAUUACCUCUACAAAAAUUGUGAUGGAGUUGAGUUUGAAAGAUCAUCGAAUAAACUUGAUUUAAGGUUCAUCCCUGACUCGAUGGAGUUUAAACACCCACCCCGUGAUGUUGCGACAGAGGUACCUGCAAGCUACGGGGGUUUGGAUUUCCAGACUCAAGCUCUGCAACAUAGUAAAAUUGAUAUUUCUUGGGAUGAGGAUGAGCCUGGACGCAAGACCUUGAAACGGAAAUUCACUGAUGAUCAGCUUUCUGAAUUGGAACUGAAGGAGUAUUUGGCUUCUGAUGAGAGUGAAAGUGAUGAGGAGGAGAAUGAUGAUGCUGCAGAGGACAAGACUGAUAAAAAGAGUAAAAAACGAGAUAUGUACCGUGCUUUACUCCUGUCUGGAAAUGGAGAAGGAGAAGGAGGAGAAGGAGAUGAAGAUGCGUCAGAAGGAGACGGUGAAGACAAUGACCAGGAUAUGGAGAUCACUUUUAAUACUGGCUUAGAGGAUAUAAGCAAGCGCAUCCUAGAAAAGAAAGAUAAGGGAUCAGAAACAGUUUGGGAGUCCUAUCUCAGAAAAAGACGCGAGAAAAGGAAGAAUAGGAAAAAUAAAUCGAAGGACUCAUCAGAGGAUGAGAGUAGUGACAGUGAUCACGAGGCAGCAGAUGGACCAGAUGAUUUCUUUAUGGAAGAGCCUGCAGUCGAAAAAACUAAAAAAGGAUCUCAAGGUAAAAGUAAAAAAGAUAAAAAGCGACAGCAAGAUGAUAAGGAAGCUGAAGCAAGCAGAAAUGAGCUCGAGCUAUUACUUGCUGAUGACAACGGAGCAGAUGCAGGGCCUAAGGGCUACAAUUUGAAACGUAAAAAGACCAAGGGAAAGAAGGGUAAAGAGGCUCUAGAAGAGGACAAAAUACCAACAGCUGAUUUUGAAGAUCCACGGUUUUCGGCACUCUUCACCUCAUCUCGCUUUGCUCUGGAUCCGACAGAUCCGCAGUUCAAAAGGAGUGCCGCUUAUGCUCGGCAGGUAGCACUGAGACAGUCAAAGGCAGACCGAGAAGUGCCAGAAAAGGAAGUGAAAUCCGAUGUUUCACCGUCGAAGAUGGAGAAAUCAUCGUUAAUUAAAUCGAUCAAGAUGAAAGCCCAGCCCUUACAAAGUAAGAUGCCAAAGAACGAAGAAAAUUUGCAGUCCAAAGGGAAGAAGGAAAAGAAAGAUAAGCAGGAGGACCCAAGCUUGGCUCAUCCGGCGAAGAAACAGAAAAAGACCAAGGGUUAACAAAAAUGAAAGCAUUGUUGAAUUAAGAUAAGUCCGUUCGACGUCUUAGUCAACUCCCUGAUAGUUAAGCUGCAGUUGGUUAUAUUGUUGUCGAUUCUUUUUUCGGGUCGGAAAAUUUUGUCAUUGGGAAAGUAAAAAUGAGAAAAUGUUCGAGUUUUAUUUUUGGCGUAACCCUUAUUUUUGUCAUCAGGUGCUAAUCAGUUAGUAAUUUAAUACGAUGUGAACCACUUUUUGAUCU